AUGGCAUUUAUUCUAAAAGGAUCUCCCGAAUGUGUCAAGUCUGAACUAGAACUUUUCCAUUUACCUGCAACUCAAACUGCUAUUGAGAAUGGUCAGUGGGUUGAAUAUCAUCCGUUGUCCAAUUUAUUUGACGGUGGCCCAGUGGAGUUUCAUGUUUCCGGCAGCGGUGAGGAAUAUAUUGACUUGAGCCAAACUCAACUUUACGUUAACGCAAAAAUUGUAAAAACAGAUGGUUCUCCCAUUGCGAAAGAUGCAAAAAUUGGACCUGUCAAUCUUUUUCUACACUCCCUAUUCAGUCAAGUGGAUGUUUCGCUCAACGAAAAUCUUAUUUCGAAUUCUAGUAACACUUACCCUUACAGGUCAUACAUUGAAACUCUUUUAAAUCAUGGAUUUGAUAGUAAAACUUCUCAGUUAACAUCUGAGAUGUAUUAUAAAAAUGGACUAAAAAAGCGAUCAAGCUUUCUUGAGUUGAGUGCUUCUGUGGAUAUGAUUGGACGUAUUCAUAGUGACUUGUUUCAUCAGGAAAGAUUACUAUUGAACUUAGUGGAUGUUAAAAUAAAACUAAUAAGAAGCAAACCUGAAUUUUGCUUGCAAGGUGACAAAGAUCAUAAAGUUAUUCUGGAGAAGAUAAGCUUACUAGUACGAAAAGUAAAAGUCAGUCCCGGCGUUAUUUUGGGACAUGUGAAAGCUCUUGAGAAAGAUACGGCAAAGUACCCAAUCAACAGAGUGUUAUGUAAAGCAUAUUCCGUUCCUCAGGGAAGCAUGAGUAUGGUUCAAGAUAAUAUAUUUAUUGGAUCAAUGCCACGAAAACUAAUUAUUGGAUGCAUAGAAAACGAUGCAUUUCAUGGGACAUUUGAAAAAUCACCGUUUGACUUCAAGCAUUUCAACAUGAACUUUAUUGGAGUUUAUGUUGAUGGUCAACCCAAGCCGUACGCUCCACUGGAAUUGAAUUUUGAUAAAAAUAUUUACAUAAAAGGAUACAACAGCCUUUUUUCUGUGACUGAAAAGCUAAGUCCAGACCAGGGGAUCUUCAUGUCCCGAGAGGAGUAUAUAAAUGGAAACACAUUAUUUGCCUUCAAUUUAUCGCCUGAUCUUUGCAACGGGGAUCAUUUGAACUUAAUUAAGCACAGCAAUCUUAGAUUAGAAAUUAAAUUUUCUCAGCCUCUGUCUCAGACCAAACUUUACCAGGAGUUAAAAGAUGUUGAAUUUCAUGAAGGAUUACCUCCAAACAUAAAUCGGAUAUCGAAUUCUCUUAUCGUAAUUGAUGAUCUGAUGAAUGAACUUUCAUGUGAUGACAGAUUGUCUUGUCUUUUUACGAAAGGUAGCCACCACAGAAACGUCAGCGUGAUUUUUAUAGUUCAAAAUAUGUUUCAUAAAGGAAAAGAAAUGCGUAAUAUUUCGCUCAACGCCCAUUAUAUAUUCUUAUUUAAAAAUCCCAGAGAUAGAUCACAAAUUGCACAUUUAGGUCGACAGUUGUAUCCAAAUAAAUCCAAAUUUUUCCAAGAAGUAUACGAAGAUGCCACAUCAAGACCAUUCAGUUACCUAUUAAUUGAUUUAAAACCGGAUACAGAUGAAUCACUGCGACUGCGCACAGGGUUGAUACCAGGGGAUAAAUACUGUGUGUAUCAGCCACGCUAG